GCAAUUGCCAAGACACACUUCAGUGCUGCCAGUCUCACACGCGCGAUCACCAGCUGUCGAAGUCUGGGGACAGGAAUAUGGGCGAAUUGACUUGGGGAACAUUUUUCCUUGGUUUCCUUAAUUUCAAGACAGAAAAAUAUGUCAUCGCCGAAAACAGAAAAUUGGGAAUCUCAUUUAGAGUUUUUCAAAUCUGUGUGCUGGCAUACGUGAUCGGGUGGGUUUUAGUGUAUAAGAAGGGGUACCAAUCAAGGGAAGAGACCGUCCAGAGCUCUGUCAUCACCAAGCUGAAAGGAGUGGUCAUGACCAACAACACAGAAGCUGGAUUUAACCUGUGGGGGCCUGAGGAUUAUGUCAUACCUCCAACGGGUGAACAGGUCUUCUUCAUUGUUACAAAUUACAUCGAGACCCCAAAUCAGAGCCUUGGGUUCUGUGCUGAGAGCCCUAAGGUGCCAGAUGGCCAAUGUGUAAACAAUGAGGAUUGUGCUGAGGGUGAGGCGGUGGUAGCUGGCAAUGGGGUAAAGACCGGACUGUGUUUAAACUCUACAGGGACCUGUGAGAUACAUGGCUGGUGUCCCGUCGAGACGGGGCGUAAACCCUCGGAUGCUUUAUUAAGCAAGGCAGAAAACUUCACAAUUUACAUCAAGAACUCUGUCAGGUUUCCGAAGUUUGAAUUCUCCAAGUCAAAUGUCCUGGACACCGGUAAUGACUCCUAUCUAAAGAGAUGUUCCUAUGACAACGACCUCCAUCCCUACUGCCCCAUCUUCCGUCUGGGAGACCUAGUCAGCAGGACUGGACAUGAUUUUCAGGACAUGGCUGUAGUGGGUGGGUCAGUUGGAAUUCUGAUUGAGUGGAACUGUGAUUUGGAUAAGGACUACUCACAGUGUAACCCAGAGUACAGCUUUACUCGUUUGGAUAGGAACUUAAACAGCUCUGUCACAUCAGGCUACAACUUCAGAUAUGCACGGUAUUACAAAGAUGAAGCUGGAGAGAGCUAUCGGACUUUGUAUAAAGUCUAUGGGAUUCGCUUUGAUAUCAUGGUGAAUGGACGGGCUGGAAAAUUCAACAUCAUUCCCACAGUAAUAGCUAUUGGGUCUGGGCUCGCUAUUAUGGGCAUGGGGAAAUUUGCGUGUGAUAUGAUAUUUGUCUACAUGUUGAGUACGAGUUCCUUCUACCGAGACAGGAAAUUUGAGAUUCUCAAGAAAGAACGGAUCAAGAAGCACAAAGAGAUUGCGAAGACAUUGGUCAACCGAGACACAAGAAAACACAGGAAACAUGCUGGGGAACAACACGAGCUCACCACGCUCUCUACGAAAAACGAGAAAUCAGAGCCCACCACUCAGGACGCGGAGAAACAGGACCUUAAAACCGGGGAGAAAAACGAGGUUCACAUUCUCUCUCCGCGAACUGUGGGGCAACGGUAUAAUACUCACCCUCCACGACCACGACACUAACCGAUUAACGAUUAAUUCAGAGUGAGACACCAGACUACAAGCUGUGUGUAGGACAACUUACUGUUUAGACAGCAUAGUAGAAUACACAACUUUGUGUACACAACCAAUAAACUUUUAUUUGAAUUUGACAACGUGCAAUUUCAAAAUUUGGUAGUGCAUCAGCAGUUCUUCUCGUUAUGUCAGGCACUGACAGUAACUAUAUCAGCCCAUGUCAGCUAACAUUUUAUAAGAUUGCUAGGUAAGUUAGUCUAGCCAGCUAUCUAAACCUUCAAGGCUGAAUUACCUGCUGGGCUCGAAGGGAACGUGCCCAGGGGCCCUGAUCUCCAGGGACUCUUACCUCCAGGAGGCCCCCAUUGAUUUUGUUUAGUCACCCGGAUAUCGUAUGAACAUAAAUGGUAUGGCAUAAGUCAAGGCAAAAUGUGUAGAAUUGCAGGAUUUAAAAAAUAAUAAUACAUUGUCGCUUAGGGCUCCCAAAAGGCAAGACACAUUUUUAUUUACCCUUUAUUAACACAGGUUGUCCCAUUGAGGUCAGAAGACCUGUUUUUCAAGAGAGACCUGAAACAAAGAAAGAAGUGCUGAUAAUGUCAAGACGGCUAGACUGGGUCCUGUAGCAGGUUGAAAGUGAAACGAGGGUGGGUGAGGUGCUGAUCCUGAUGCCCACCCUCCUCCUCUUCCAGCAGAGGUUGCUGAUGCUGACACAUGGCUCUGGUUUUCCAAUAUCUCUCAGGAGUGAUGCAUGUCCUGAUUGGACAUGGUGACUUAUGGGCUGGAAAAGAGAAAUGGCAAUGCUCUCCUUACACUUAACUGCUGCAAUGACAAUGCAGAUGCUCUAUGAAGCGAGAUAUUUAUCAAAGGGAAAAAGCACUAUUCUAUUUCUGACGUCUUAUUUAUUUGUUCAAGAUCUAAGCAUAAUGCAUCUGUUGAGGGGUCAAUUAGGCUAUGCAAUCAAACCAUGGCAGAGGGCUCAACUAGGUUAUUAUGCUGGCAGGGGUGUUUCUUCACACCUAGACUGCUUGUAGUACAAUUAAAUCCUUGUGAGUCAUAUUAUGGAACACCACAUAUCGUGAGAGUUGUCUAUCAUAAAUACUUAUCAUUUAAUGUCUAUACAAAGUCAUAACUAAAGGAGUAUGAGGCAAGUUGUUUAAUGUAUUUACUUUAUAUUCAAAACAUUGUAUGAUAAUGAAUUUUUAGGGCUAAUGGCCAUUGUUAGAACAAUCAUAUCACUUGUCUGACAAAUCUUAUGAUCAAUAAAUUGUACAAACAGGUUGUA